GAGAUUCAGAUUUGCACCUUGGUUUGGCCCAGCAUUGCAGGAGAAAUAGCUUGGGAUGUGACCUUUGCCAUAGUUUUCUUUCUAAUACCAGGAUCAGUCAUUGUCAUCAGUUAUUCCAAAAUCUUACAGAUUACAAAAGCAUCAAGAAGGAGUUUAAAUGCUGGUUUAGCCUGCUCGGAAAAUCAUCAGAUUCGUGUUUCCCAGAAAGACUACAAACUAUUCCGCACCCUCUUUGUGUUGAUGAUCUCGUUCUUCAUCAUGUGGAGCCCAAUUAUCAUAAUUAUUAUUUUAAUUUUAGUCCAGAACUACAAAAAAGGUUUAAAUAUUUUGCCAUCAAUUUUCUUUUGGAUAGCGUUAUUCACUUUUGCUAACUCUGCUGUUAAUCCAAUUUUGUAUAAUGUUGCCCAUUUCAGACGCAAAUGUCAGGAAAUUCUUCUAUGUUGUACAGGGAACCCUGUAAGGCAUGGGGCUGGUACAGAAACCACUGCAAGAAGAAGUAACCAUGAACAACCAAAUUUGUCUUUCAUCACCAGAUAAUUAUUUGAAGUCUGAGCUGUGCCACACUUUGGAUGUUAAUGUCUACACUAUCCCAGGUUGAA